AACAUUGUCUUUCUCUCUCUUCACUCGCACGCUCUCUUUCCUUUCCCUUCCCUUCCCUUCCCUGUCUUCGACGGUUCUAACUGACCACUUCCGCGACUCCCUUCUUUAUUGCCCCCGCCGUUGUCACGCUCUCAGCUAACUAAUUUAUUUCUUUUUUUUCUUAAAAAUUACUGAACUUUUUUUUUUCCCUUUUGUUUACGAGAUCUCUAUUCUUUUUCUCUCCUCAUUGCUGCCUUUUCUUUUUCUUCUGGAUUUUCGAACUAGAUUUCUUCGGAUUUCCUGUUUCUUUUUUCUCUUUUGUUGGUUAAAUGAAUGGAAAUGGAGACAUUUGGGCAACGGAGGCCUAAGAUUUCCAGCUUCUCUUCUGAUCAGAGCUUAGUCGAUUUGCUACCUUCAACUGCCCCUGCUUCAUCCAGAGGAAACAGGCAGCUUCAGAAACAGAGAAAAAUUCCAAAAUUGGCAUCUGAUUCUAGUUCUUGCAGUAGUGAUACUACAGAGGAAGAUCAGUUAACGUUUGAGUUGACUUGUAGAUCUUCAAAACAAUCAACUGGGACACCAAUGAAGAAGUUGUUAGCGAAAGAGAUGACAAAAGAAAACGAAUCUAGAAGACGACCACCAAGUGUUAUUGCUAGAUUGAUGGGUCUUGAUGGACUGCCACCUCAGCAGCGUGGCCACAAGCAGCAAAAAAGAAAUGAGAAUAGUCAUGAGAAAGUUCAGAAGGGUAGUACAUCUUAUAGUUGGCAAUCUUCUAGGAAAAGCUCCAAGGACGAGCAGGAAUUUAAAGAUGUUUUUGAAGUUUUAGAUGCAUUAAAAAUGGAGGGUGCUAGUUUCUCUUCACAAGGAACUGUAAAGUCAAAGCUUUCUGAUACUGAGGUGGCCUUUAUCCGGCACAAGUUUAUGGAGGCUAAACGUCUUUCAACUGAUGAAAAGCUUCAAGAUUCUGAGGAAUUCAAUGAUACCCUUGAAGUUUUAAACUCCAACACUGAUCUUCUGCUGAAUUACUUUCAACAACCAAAUUCAUUAUUCACUAAGCAUUUGCAUGAUUUGCGAGUGCCACCCCAAUCCCAUUGUGGUCGAGUAUCUGCUAUGAAGUCAUCGCAUACUCUGAAUAAUGAAAAUUGUUGCUUUGCACAAAGAACUGGGAGAGAAACUCAAAUGAAGCUCCACUGUAAAUCUCCCAUGGGGCAUCAAGAAGAUUGUUUGAAUCACUCUUAUGGGAGAUAUACUGCUCACAACCCCCCCAAGUCACCGGUGGUUCAAUUAGAAGAGAAAAAUGGGCCAACUAUUGUACCCACAAGAAUUGUUGUCUUGAAACCAAAUCUUGGGAAGUCACAGAACUCUUCUAGAACUGCUUCAUCACCUUGUUCCUCUCAUCAUUUUCCAUCCAAGUGCACAAGACACUCAGAAAUUCUAGGUAUCCAAAAUAAGGAGGCAGAAAUUUGGGGCAAGAAUAAGGUUCUUCAAGAUACUGGGUUUUCAAGGUAUAAUUCUAGAGACUCUAGGGAAAUGGCCAAGGAGAUUACUAGGCAAAUGAAAAAUAGCUUUAACAAUAGCCCAAUUACAAUUUCAACCUCCAGGUUUAGAGGAUAUGCAGGGGACGAGAGCUCAUGUGAUGUAUCUGGAUCUGAAUCUGAAUCUGCAAAUGAUUCAGAUGUAACAACGGUAUCCUACAGAGAUAACAUUAGCUGGAAUAAGCGACGACAUAGGAGGUCAUCAUCCCGUUCUAGUGAAUCAUCAGUCAGUAGGGAGGCCAAGAAGAGAUUGUCUGAGAGGUGGAAAUUAACGCACAAGUCUCAAGAGGUGCACAUGGUUAGCAGGGGCAGUACACUGGGUGAGAUGCUUGCCACCUCAGAUAGGGAAGUUAUUCCUGGAAAUUCUAGUGGCCCAGUUGGUGUGGAAAGAUGCAAUGAGAUUGGUAAUCAUUUUAGGCCUGCAGUUUUGAAUGAACCAUUAGGUAUUAGCAGUAGGGACGGUUGGAAGGAUGGUUGUCUUGGUAAUCUUUCAAGAUCACGAUCUCUUCCUGCUUCAUCUACCAACUUUGGAAGUCCUGGAGUAAGCAUCCGUCCUGAAAGUCUUCGCAGAGAUAAGAAUGUGAAUCCAAAAGAGGGUUUCAUGUGGGACAGAAACAAGGCAGUAAAAGGCAAUUUCAAUCAGAGGGGAGCUCCAUUACCUAGCAACCAAAGAUCCAGUGUUAAGAAAUCUCAACUUCUGGGUCGUAGUUGCAGUAGUAGUAAGGAAUACAGUGACACUUUAGCAGGUUCUAAUGUCACCCCAUAUCAAGUAAAGCAAAAUAUAGAAGGGGAUAAGCAAUCUGAAAACAAUGUUUCGGUCUCAGGGGCUUCUAGCUCUGCCAUGGAUUCAAGUUCAGUUCUUGAAAAUGCAGCCGAUGUCAAUGAUCAGAAUAAGCCCGUGCUUUCUGAACCUUCUCAGAUGGAAUUAUCACCUCCUGCUUCUUUGAAUCCUGCUAUAGUUUCUACUAGUGACCUAGAUAAUUUGGACUCGCAGGAACCAUCCGAGGGACCAUCUAAGCAAACCACACCGCGUUGCCCUGUAUCUGAACUAGAAUCUCAAGCAAACUGUAAGGAGGCAGAUCAACCUAGCCCAGUCUCAGUUAUAGAAGCUCCUUUUACGGAUGAUUUAUCAUCUGGUUCUGAAUGCUUUGAGAGUAUUAGUGCUGAUCUCCAUGAGCUUCGGAUGCAACUUCGACAAUUAAAGCUAGAAUCUGAAGCAUAUGAAGAUGGAACUUUGCUUCUUUCGAGUGAUGAUGAUAGCAAUGAAGUGUCUGUCGGGUUUGCUGAGGAAAAUGGGAGACCAAAGGCUGAAGAGAAUUGGGAAUCUGUAUACAUUGUUGAUGUCUUGGUUGGUUCCGGAAUUGAUGGAGCUGAACUGGAUACCUUCUUAGCUGCAUGGCAUUCUCCAGAAUGUCCAGUGAAUCCGCUAGUAUUCCAACAACUCGAGAAAAAAUAUUGUAGCCUAAAUUAUAGGUCAAGGGCUGAAAGGAGGUUGAUGUUCGAUAGGAUUAAUUCAAAGAUACUGGAGAUGUAUCAAGAAUACAAUGACCAACCCCCUUGGAUGAUAUCUGGAAAAAAAAUCAUUCCAACAUGGAACAUCAGAGAGCUUGAAGAUAGCCUGCACAAGUCACUAGUAAGCCAAAACAAGAUAAGGCAGAUGGAUGUAGGAGAGAUGGUGCUUGCAGGGGAAUGUCUAUGGUUAGACUUGAGAUGGGAUAUUGAUACAAUAGGACGGGGAAUCGAGAGGUUGUUGGUAGAUGAACUAGUAGCUGAGGUAUUGGCAGGUUAGUAAAGAUGCCUUUGGUUUAGGAAAUUUAUAUACAAAAUGCUGGAAUAGGUCUGAUAUAUGAUCAUUCAUGACUGUAUCAAUAAGUUCUACAUUUUUACACCAGCAAGAAUUAUGGAAAACCCAGAGUAUCAAUAUAGAAUUUGGUUGAAAUGUAAAAAGUUAGGUCUGGAUUUGGUAGAAUUUGUUAAAUGACAAACUUUUUCCCCAUGAAUUUCAAAGCCCAUAUUCAAUUA